AGUGAGAGAAUAAAAUCCCGAUUCUUUGAAACCCUAGAGAGGGAGUUCGAAUCCAUCCAUCUUCUCCUCAAGAAUUCGAAGAAGAAACCCUAGAUUCUUCAUCGGAAUCGUUGAUGUCGACGGCGAGCCAGCCCCAGUUCAGGUACACGCAGAUGCCGUCGAAGGUGCUGCACCUGCGGAACCUGCCAUGGGAGUGCACGGAGGAGGAGCUCGUCGAGCUCUGCAAACCCUUCGGGAAGGUCGUCAACACUAAGUGCAACGUCGGCGCCAACCACAACCAGGCCUUCGUGGAGUUCGGGGACCUAAAUCAGGCAAUUUCCAUGGUAUCAUAUUAUGCCUCUUCAUCUGAGCCUGCCCAAGUUCGUGGGAAGACAGUUUAUAUCCAAUACUCGAACAGACAAGAAAUUGUUAACAAUAAGAGUCCUGGAGAUAUUACUGGAAAUGUAUUGCUUGUGACAAUUGAGGGGGUUGAACCCAGUGAUGUCAGCAUAGAUGUUAUCUAUUUGGUGUUCUCUGCUUUUGGUAUUGUGCACAAAAUUGCAACCUUUGAAAAGGCUGCUGGUUUCCAGGCACUCAUUCAGUACUCUAGUGCUGAGUAUGCUUCAAAUGCGAGAAUUGCAUUGGAUGGAAGAAGCAUUCCCAGGUACUUGCUUCCGGCACAUGUCAGUUCAUGCAUCCUGCGCAUCUCUUUUUCUGCUCAUACAGAUCUCAAUAUCAAGUUCCAGUCAUAUCGUAGCAGGGACUAUACAAAUCCUUAUCUUCCUGUCAAUCCUUCCGCGAUUGAAGGAACUUUGCAGCAUACUGUAGGGUCUGAUGGAAAGAAAAAGGAACUUGAAAGUAAUGUGCUUCUUGCUUCCAUUGAGAAUAUGCAAUAUGCUGUAACUAUCGAAGUUCUUCAUACAGUCUUUUCGGCAUUUGGUAGUGUCCAGAAAAUUGCAAUAUUUGAGAAGAAUGGAGGAACACAGGCCCUAAUUCAGUAUCCUGAUGCCACAACUGCUGCAGCCGCUAAAGAAUCUCUAGAAGGACACUGCAUCUAUGAUGGUGGUUUUUGUAAGCUUCAUCUGACAUACUCUCGUCAUACUGAUCUCAAUGUGAAGGCAUACUCUGAUAGAAGCCGAGACUAUACUAUUCCUGAUACUAGUUUACUUGUUGGACCACAACCUCCUGGAGUACCCUCUUCUGCACCUGGUUGGCAGGGCGCUCCUCAUCAAUGCAACAAUGCCUAAUGGCCAACAGCCGGCUUGGGCCUUAAGCAUUCAGGCAAGCAUGCACACCUUGCCCUUGUCCUAAUUUGUCAGCAUGUAACCCAUGCCACCCUGCAUAUGCCUCAAUAUGGUAGUCAGCCAGAAGCAGUCUGCCUGCCCGGUGGUGCUGCAUCAGUUGGUCAGCUUUUGCACUGCUGUUAGUCAUAUGUAUAUAUCUUCGACAAUAGUUACCAUGUUUGUGGCCAUCCUUUUUCAAUGAUGUUGCAAAUCAUGGGGGUUUUCUUCAGUGUGUUGUGCAUACUUUUUUUUUGUUUUUUUGGGACUAAUGAAUCUUGUGCGAUCACCUCAUAUGAUCUUUAAACUUGUUUGAUCUUCUCUUUCAGGGUGUUGUAUUUUUAUUUUUAUUUUUCUUGUUGUUUACAAGCCCCUUGAUACCUUCUUACAUGGAGGCUGCUAUUUUGUUAGUUUUCUCUGUCAAAAAUCAGUUUUGCGUUUGAAUCUUCUAAUUUUAUAAUCAGAAGUGUGUACUUUAUUAGUAGCUUUA